CAGAGGAAAAACAAAACAUUCGUGGGUGUCGUUGAGUUAGUCAAUCUGGAGCAACGUUAUUUAGGUCUGCUGCAGUGGUUGCAUAAGCUGUACCGUACAAGUCGACAGUUAUACCCGGGGUUUGGCAAGAUGCUGAGCGCCGCCGCCGCGGAGAGGAACAAGGAGCCCAUACUGGUGGUGCUCCGGGAGACCGUGAACACCGGGAGACCCCUGCAGGCUCUGGAGAUCUCCUCCGGUACCGGGCAGCACGUCACACACUUCGCUCAGGCCCUGCGGAAUAUAACCUGGCAGCCUUCAGAGUAUGACCACCAGUCUCUAGACAGUAUAGAAGCGUACAGAGCUCGCUACCAGCUGAGCAAUGUGAAGCCCGCCAUCCACCUGGAUGCUUCUCUGCCCCAUCAAUACUGGGGGGGGGUACAGGCAGAGAGCCUCGACCUGGUAGUCAACAUCAACAUGAUCCACAUUUCUCCAAUGGCUUGUACAGAGGGUUUAUUCAAAGGGGCCGGGGCGGUGUUGAAGCCGCAAGGUCUUCUAUUCACAUACGGGCCCUAUGCAGUGAAUGGUCAGAUCACCCCACAGAGCAAUGUUGACUUUGACUACAGCCUACGGCAGAGGAAUCCAAAGUGGGGACUCAGAGAUAUCUCCCUCCUGAGCUCUUUAGCACAAAGAAACGGUUUAUUCCUGGAGAAGAUAGUGGACAUGCCAGCAAACAACAAGUGUCUUCUGUUCAGGAAGGAGAGUUUGGUGUGAAGUAUCCUGUUGUUCCGUUUUCUGAAAGGAGACCAUGUUUGGAGCAGGAUGGUCAAAGCGCCUUAACCUAGACUUGAAGUUCAGACACAUUGACAAAUUUUCCAGAGCUGUAAAUGAAUCAUGUUUCUCCAUGUUCUCAUAAACACUGACUUUAGAUAAAAAUCAUUUGAUCUGAACUGUUACGAUGAUACACUAUGAUACACUAUAUUGCACACUUGAGUAAAAUGAAUAAGGCUCACAGAUACAUUGGUUGUGUACUACAUUUAACUUAAGUCAGCCACCUACCUACUUUUUCAUUUCUUCAUUCACUUUGCAGAGACUGUCAGUAAAACUAAGUUAGCAGAAGUGCUUUGCAGAGAGAUGUAAUAGAGAAUGUGCUGCACAUUAGAUCUUGAAAGUAUACAUGAUAACAUGAGGGGAUCUAUAUAAAACAUCUAUGUAAAUAACUAAUAGAAAGAGCCUGAUACAAACAAAUAUAAUACAAUAAAACAGAAAAACAAUAUAGAUGUCAUAUACUGUAGGCGUCUAUUUCUUUCAUGUCACAAGCUAGCUGUUUCUGAUCGAUUUGUGUGGCUGCUAUUCUGGCUACAGUCUUAUUUUUCACAAUACAAACAUACAGAAUACAUGUCAAAAGAAAGAAGAUCUAUAUUUCAACUUAUUUAAAAAAGAGCAUUUCAGCAUUGGUGUAAAUGGGCUCACAACACAUCUGGAAUGUAGUACAACCUGUGUUGUAAUGAAUAUAUAUUGUACAUACAAAAGGAUCUCUCACAACUUCAUUAACAUACAGUAUUUAACAUAUUUUUGUCUUUUGAUUUAAAGGGUUGUUAUUAAAUAUCAGCUUUUCUU